ACAACAGCCAAUGCAGCAUGUUCAAGCUGGCCCCCUACUGGGCGGCCCAUGAGCCUGUCGAUAUGGUGGUUUGAUGUUGGAUGGAAAAUAAGAACCCCCCACAACAAACAGACAGGGCUGGAACAGAGAGACUGGAACAGAGAAAGAGAGGGUAGAAAGGGAAGAACCAUCGACAGAUGGACUCUGUUGUGAUUAAAGAUGGCGACAGUCUUUACUGCAGACUACGAAGGACUAUACUCGAUCCAUAGAAAAGCGGUGGGAGUAGUCUGCGAUUCAACACAACAAAACCAAGAACGACACAAUAAGGAACAAAUGGAUGGAAAAGACAAUCUAUUAUGGCGACAUUCUGCUUUGGCCAGGCCUUCUCGGGUCAAGGUGAUGAGAGUGAUGCUACCAUUACUGCAGCCCGAUGUGUUAAAUAAUCGUGCAAUGGAAUUCUCAGUAAAUGGAUGUACUGCUGGAGGAUGUGUGAGGAAGACAAUUAAACUCAAGGAGUUUUUUUGCAGUGGCAUAAGUAGAGGUCUGGAUCUACUAGUUGUGCAGUGUGGGCUCUACGGGGACGUGGUUUAUGGAUGCUGGGACUAUGAGCAUAAGCGACAAAAGGGACUACUUAGCAGACCUGGGAGGCAGCUUCACUGAGGAUGCUCCGAGACCUCCAGUCCCAGGGGAAGAAGGUGAGCUGGUGUGCAGUGACGGACGCCAGUACAGCAACCUCGGCUUUUCCUCAAAGAACGAGAGCCUCAAAUGUGAGGCGUCUGUGGCUACACCCAGGCGACCUGACUUGGACCUGGGUUAUGAGCCGGAGGGAAGUGCUUCCCCUACACCACCCUACUUAAAGUGGGCAGACUCUCUUCACUCCCUCCUGGAUGAUCAAGAUGGCAUCCAUCUGUUUAGGACGUUCCUCAAGCAGGAGGGGUAUGCAGAUAUGUUGGACUUCUGGUUUGCGUGCAGUGGCUUCCGCAAACUUGAAGCUAAUGAGGGUAAUGAGGAGAAGAAGGUCAAACUGGCAAAAGCUAUCUAUAAGAAAUACAUCCUGGACAACAAUGGGAUUGUUUCCCGACAGAUUAAACCAGCUACCAAGUCCUUCAUCAAAGACUGUGUCAUGAAGCUUCACAUUGAUCCUGCAAUGUUUGACCAGGCUCAGACUGAGAUACAGACUAUGAUGGAGGAGAACACCUAUCCCUUAUUUCUUAAGUCUGACAUAUAUUUGGAAUAUACACGGACAGGAGGAGAAAGCCCUAAACUGUACAGCGAUCAGAGCUCUGUUUCUGGGAAUGGAAAGGGGCUGUCCGGUUAUUUACCGACUUUAAACGAGGAUGAGGAAUGGAGAUGUGACCAGGAGCCGGAGGAGCAGCCCGAGUGUGACCCCACACCGAGCAACCGGCUCACUCAGAAGCUGCUAAUGGAGACGGCACCACAUCGUGUUGCCAACAGCGCGAGAUUCCAGGACAGUCACGAGUACAGGCAUGCACCAUGUCGGGAGCCCAUCAACCCGUACUAUGUCAACACUGGUUAUGCUGUGGCUCCUGCCACCAGCGCCAAUGAUAGUGAGCAGCAGAGUAUGUCCAGCGACACAGACACGAUUUCCCUUACCGACAGCAGUGUAGAUGGGGUUCCACCCUACAGAUACCGCAAACAGCAUCGCCGGGAGAUGCACGAAAGUGCCAAAGCAAAUGGGCGAGUGCCACUACCUCAUAUUCCACGCACAAACCGGAUUCCAAAGGAUAUACAUGUGGAGCCGGAAAGGUUUGCUGCAGAGUUGAUCAACAGACUGGAGGGCGUACUGAGGGAGAGGGAGGCUCAAGAGAAGCUAGAAGAGCGACUGAAGAGAGUGCGAUUGGAAGAGGAAGGUGAUGAAGUCAUGUCCACAGCCACAGCAUUAUCCAGUCACAGGUUCCCCCCUGGUGCUUAUCUGCAGAAUUACAACUCGCGCUAUGCUGACAACACCUACAGCGGUCUUAUGCUGAGAGAUGCUCAUGAGGAGAACCCCGAGAGCAUCCUGGACGACCACGUCCAGCGGGUCAUGAAGACACCCGGGUGCCAGUCACCAGGCACAGGCCGUCACUCUCCCAAGUCACGCUCACCAGACGCUGUCCCAGGGGGCAAAGGGACAGGACUUGGAACGGCACAGGUUAAACAUUCAUCCAGGCACGGUCUCAAGGGAGACACCAGCCACCUGUACCACCACAAACAUGCGCACCACAUCCACCACGCAGGCGUCGGCAAGCCCAAAGAGCAGGCAGAAGCUGAGGCGGCCGUUCGUGUACACAGCAACUUUCCAUGGAGCACAGAGACAAGUCAUUAUGGAUCAAAGUCUCGCACCUACGCAGAUGGCAUGGGAUCCAACCUCAUGGAGCAUACAGGGUAUAGUAGCAAAGGUGGCACACAGUUUAAAAGGGCGUUCAAGAAAGGUGAGGAAGUGCGGCUUCAUGACAUGCCAGCGCCUGCAGAGGAGAUGGAGAAAAACCAGAAGAUCCUAUUGUGGCUGAUGGAAGGACAGAAAGAAAUGGUUCAACAUAGAAGGAGCCCAUAUGGGAGUACCGCUGUGUCCAAGAGGACCACAGGCCAUGAGGCCCAACUGCGGAACAACGUGCAGCCGUCUCACCCUUUCAUCCAGGAUCCCACCAUGCCCCCAAAUCCAGCUCCCAGCCCCCUCAUCCAGCUGGAGGAGGUGCGCCGACGGCUUGAGGAGGAGAAGAUCAAGUCUGGAACUGUACAACUUAAGCAAAGGUAUGUGAUGGAGGUAAUCCAGAGGGGUCGCACUGCAGUCAGGCCUGCACUGUUCCCUCCGCUCAGCGUGGUGCCCGCCGUCUCGGACAUCGAGCUCUCCCAGCCCGAACACAAAGCCACUAAAAAGCAGCCAUGUGAAAACAUUACGGUGGCGUAUUACUUCUGUGAGGAGCUGAUACCGUACAGGACGUCUGUCAAAGGGAGGGUCGUCACUCUGCGCCAGUUCACAGAACUGCUAACAAAGAAAGGAAAUUACAGGUAUUAUUUCAAGAAGGUAAGCGACGAGUUUGACUGUGGGGUGGUGUUUGAAGAGGUACGUGAAGAUGAUGCUAUCUUGCCCAUCUUUGAGGAGAAGAUUAUCGGGAAAGUCGAAAAAAUUGAUUGAAGGUCAUGUUGAAGAGGAAGGAGUCCAAAAGGGGCAUCGUGUGAUGGACCGAGGAGCGAUUGGAUGGUGAAGUGGAAGUGUUUUAGGAUUGAGACCGGUGGAGCGCAGAAGAAAGUGAUACAGUAGAAGUGGAUCUAAAGUUGAAGAGCAAAGCAGUGUUCACAGAGGACCGCUCGUGACUUUUGAGGCUCGGUAGCACCACUGCAGUGACACUGGACUAGAAGAAAAAAAAGACCUCAUUCACUUCUUUGAAGUGUAAUGUAGUAUUGUUAAGUUUACUAGAUAAAUUCAGAACAAAAGUGCUACUAAAGCUUCAUAUUUUUGAUAUGAUGUAUCAGAGGAUGUCCUUUCUAAAGUAACCGCACUUGUCAUUUUUAUGUAUUGGUACCAGAUGUGUACAGUUUGCGUUAAAAGAUAACAACAUUUUAUACAUAUUUAAGUAUUUAAAAUGCUCAUUUUCAAUCAAUUUCCGCCCCUGUUGAAGACGAUCAAAAUCCUUUUUAGGGCUGAUUUUUUUUUUUCAUUGUACGAGCCCUCUGGACUCUAAUAUUUGUGCUCUUCUUUGUGCUUUUAACACAUCACUUACCAGUACUUUAUUUUGUGGUAUUCAGUUAGGCUGCACUUUCAUUGUAUUAUAUACCACUGACUAUGUCUCACUGUAGGCUGCAACAUGAAUUUCUGAGUGACCAGAUCAAUGGAAACCCUGUUCAGUGUGCUGCAAUCCAGCACAACAGCCCAAUGUUUUAGGCCAUUUUUGACACUGCUGGAGAGAAUUUAUGGCCUUUUUUUAGGCUCAAACUUUGUGGUGGUGUUGUUAUAUUGAUAUAAGAAACAUGUUUCAUAAAGUUAUUAUUUAUUGUAGGGCUGUUUUAUUGGGUUGCAUUACUGAAUGUUGUACAGGGUGUUUUAUUUUUCUGGUAAUUUGGUGUAUACUGCAGUACUGUACAUACUUCUGCUGCAUUGCUUUUACUCAACCCAGUUGAAGUUUUAAGACGAGGCCUAACAAAAUAACACAGUAGCUGCAAUAAUACUGUAAAAAAAAAAAAUAUGAUUGGAAAGCUAAGGUGAAUAUCUAUGCAAGUUGGUCCCCCAAAUCCCAAAACUACAUUGGGCAUUAAUAUUAAUUAACACAGUAAAUAACUUAGUGUAAAUGUUUAGAACAAUUAUAGGCUACCCGUAAGAACAGUCAGGCUAUUAAAAGCAUUUGUUUAGAUGGUACUUCAGUCAAUUCAUCAGGCUGAAAUUUCAGUUGGGUAGAGGCUAACAAGCUUUUGUAAAGGUUUAACCAUUCUGAUGAUGAAUUCUGAUUGUGGAUGAGUAAAAAAAAGAAAUUAGUCCCUGUUUAUGAACAUUUGGAAAACAAUUAUUCUUGGAGGCCAGUAGGCGGAUUUUCUUUUUAAUUAUUUCCAGUGUAACACUGAAUGACAUGGUUUGGGGUUCAGUUUCUGAAGUCAAGUUCUGCCUUCAGCUUUCGAGGUUAAUGUUGUUCAUGAAACAGAAGUGUUGCCACCUGUAGACUUGCACAUUCAGGGUCAAGCCUGCAGUGCAGAGGCUCCUUGGACCUGUUCAACGGAGAUCAUAUCACAGCAUUUGAAUAAGAAGGCCAGUGAAUGCCAUUAGGAUACUAUCAAAUGUUGAUAAUGUUUGUGCAAUGAAGAUCACUGAAAUAUGCGUUUACUUUGUUUGUUUUUUUUCAGGUUCGUACUUGUUCAUUUCUGUGAACCCCAAGACUUACAGUACCAUCUCAAACUUUUAAUCUCUUUUUAGUUGAUCUAUCAGAAAGGGGCUGAUCUCUAAUCUGUAGCCUUCUCUAGCUUACCACAGCUACAUCUUGUGCCUGGCAGGAAUUAAUUAUUAGUGCAAAUGAUCUACUUUUGAUAGAUCACGUUACGCCAAAGAGAAAACAAAGUAGAUGGUAGGUACUAGGCACGCUCUUGAUAUAUUGACUUAUUAAUUCUUUUAUAUUAAAACAGUGAAGCUCUUGUAUGGAAGACCAGAAUGUUCUUUGCAAUAGACAAGGUGUGUAUGAUUGCAGUUUUCUGAUGUGUCUUGUCAUGAACAUCAGCUUUGAAAGCAGCACAUUCAUAUGGAACACUUCAUGAAGCUUGCAGGACAUUUAGACCUUUUAUUAUUAUUAUUGCAACACUGAAAUGCCAUUUGUGUUUCCUGUCCCCUCUGUUUGGCAGUGUGAAUGAAACUUUUGCACUGGAAUAGCACAAACUAAGAUGAAACCACAAAUCAUGCUGGGGAAGCAUCAUGACAUUAAGAUUCAAGGCCACUAGGUUUUUGUUCUUUUCUGUACCUCUUCAUUGUGCUGGAGUCCAUGUUUUUUUUUGUUUUUUUUUUAUAUAUAUAAUUGUGAUAUAAUAAAAGCCCUUUUGUUAUGAAAUAAUAAGCAGAAGGACAAGUGGACCUUGAAACCAGAGUGCUGUAUUGUUUGUGUCGUUGCAUAGAAACCCAGCGUAAGGAAUAUCUCCUUUUUUUGAAAUGCUGUUUGCCUUUUUUUAGAUUUCUAACUUAAAUCAGUUUAACUUCCAAUAUAUUUACUGCAUUUGCCUCUAGUGGUCCUUUUGUCUGUUAAAUUAUACGUUUGAGUACAUGAUCAAGUUAAAUGCUAUAAGUAUUAUCUUGAUUUUCAUUGUUUAUUUCUUUUGAAAUAUAAAGUAUCAGAUAUGUUAUGCUUCUUACCGUGAAAGCCCUUAAAGUAAACUUCCCUUAUUAAAGAUCAAUGAAAUGUAUAUAAUAAACAUCUCAGUGCCUUUAUUACUAUGCUAAUGAUGUCUGCUGUGUGAUUUUUAGACAUAUGUGGGGACAUAAAUACCAGGGAUUUGCUUUAUAUUUUUGUUAAGACUUUUAUUUUAUUUUGUCUCACUUGUUUAAUGUGUUUCACUAUUCCACCUUUUUCUAUGUAAAUAUGUACAACUUAAAUGUGUCAUCAACCAGCAGCCCAGUCAGCACAUUCAGUGUUUCUUUUCACUAACUAGCAUGGUUACCAUUUAAAAGUACCUGGACAAUAAAUACAUGCAAUAAACCAGCGCUUGAGUUCUGA